AUGGUUGGUGUUCUGAAUUUCGUGCGUAUUACUACUACUCCUACUCCUACUACAAUCAUUACAAAUUGGCGUCGCGCAAUGGAGCUUCCAAAUAUUGAACAAUUAAACCUGAAAGCCAGUCCAUUCGAGAUCAAGAAAUGGGUAGAGCGAUUCCAACUGUGGUGCGGUAUUCGAAAAGGUGGUUUGCAAAACCAAUCGGUCCUAUUUAUCACUGCUGGAGGCCGUGAUCUGUAG